GCGGCGGUUGUCGGAGCGAAUUAAAUCUGUACUCGCUCGCUGCUUUCCUCCUGACCUUGCCUGCCUCUGGUUGGGUUUUCAAUAUUUUAUUCAGGAUUCCAGUGCUGUCUCCCCAUGGCUACAUCGGAUGGACUAGACGGCUGUCUGAAUCGAGGCAGAUCUCAAAGUGACCCGAACAUACUCACCGAACCGGGCAUCGAUUUGGCUCAUGGCACAGUAGAGUUGGUGGACCAGCAGAGGGUGCUGAGGGGCGGCUGUCUGGUGAGCGGGGUCCACACUCCACCCAUCCGCCGUAACAGCAAGCUGGCCACCCUGGGGCGCAUCUUCAAGCCCUGGAAGUGGAGGAAAAAGAAAAAUGAGAAGCUCAAGCAAAGUUCCACAGAUGUAGCAUUAUCAAGCAAUCUUCUAUGCCACGACCCCUGCUCCCCCCCCCAGGGCUGCUGCUCAGACGGUGCAGUCCGGCUUGGAGGGUUCGGGGGGUCUUUGACCUCAAACCUCACAGUCAGCAGUGUGGAAUACCUCUGUCCUGAGGAGGAGCUUCCCCCACCAGCAGUCGCCCCUCCUCAGGACUGUGAACAGGAGGAGGACAAUGUACUACUACCGGAUGAGGAGGGGGGCGAGGAGCUGCACCCUGCCGGGGAUUUACCUGAGGGGCUGCAGGACGUGGGCGAGCAGACGGAAGAAAGGACAGAGGAAGAGACUCCUACAGGAACGUCCCCACCACAAGUACCUCCAAAACCAUUUCACCAGCUGAGUCCAGGCGAUGAUUCAGGCCCUGCGUCGCUCCCCACCCACCUGCCCAACUCCUACCUCCCCAAGGAGCCUCCGCCCAGGGCCACAGAGAGCAUGGUCUCAAUGACCCUGCCGCUACGAGGCCACCUAGCCAACAGCUCAGGGUCGCCACAUAUAGGCAAUAUGAUGCAUCCUCCCAUGCCUCCUAGCUGCAUUAUGGAGGAGCUGCAGAGAGCCUUUGCUUCCAAGAACAGACAGGAGAGGCAUGUGAGAAAAACAAAGUUUUCUACAAGAAUUCCAGGUGACACAGGUGUCCAUGAAGGGUGUGAGCAGGCCUCACCCCCCAGGCUGUGGUGCUCAGACGGACGGCUCUCUCGCUCCUGCAGCUCUGAGAACCAGCGCACUUUAACCUUCGGGGGCUGUGUGGGAGGAGGAAGAGGGUCCGACUGGCCCAAGAAGGAGGCGGAGGAGAAUAAGGAGAACAUGCGGCUGGACCAGUGCUUCUCCAACACCUCAGGCCUCCCCAACGACCUGGAAGAAUGGAAUGACUCCGUAAUCUCUGGCACACUUCCUCGCAGGCUAAGGAAGGAGUUGCUGGCUGUCAAACUACGAAACAGGCCCAGCAAGCAGGAGUUGGAAGACAGGAACAUCUUCCCAGCCAGGAGCGACCAGGAGCGCCAGGAAAUUCGCCAGCAGAUUGAGAUGAAACUAGCCAAGAGGCUGAGCCAGAGACCGAAUGUGGAGGAGCUGGAGGGUCGAAACAUCCUGAAACAGAGGAACGACCAGACAGAGCAAGAGGAGAGGAGGGAGAUCAAGCAGAGGCUAAACAGAAAGCUAAACCAGCGGCCUACGGUAGACGAACUGCGAGACAGAAAGAUUCUGAUCCGCUUCAGUGACUAUGUGGAGGUGGCCAAAGCUCAGGACUAUGACAGGAGAGCAGACAAGCCCUGGACUCGGCUCUCGGCAGCAGACAAGGCUGCCAUCCGAAAGGAGCUGAACGAGUUCAAAAGCACCGAGAUGGAAGUGCACGCCUCAAGCAAACACCUAACGAGGUUCCACCGACCGUGAAGCGAGGACUUUCUUCUGUGAAGAAAUGCUGAGCUUGUUAAUUUCCUGGACAGUGUAAAGAGCCUGGAGCCUUUUUGUCUUCAGCGGUUCUUUAACAUUCUUCCAGCACCCUUGACUGUCAUAUCACGUGUGUGACAGCCCGGGUGUGGGAGAGAAGAUGACGGUAAUGUUUGCGGCAGUGUGUCCUGGAGACUACUGAAUGUCGCCACAUGGAAGCUGGCUGGUUGGAGGAAGACUGGUGGAGCCUCUGCCUCUCUGGAUGAGAGCGGAGGGAAAAUAACAAUCUUGUCAUUCAGUCAGUGUUGUUUUUUGUACUAUUUGAUGGACUCCUUUGACAAGGCGGUGUGAACCCGUGUAGUGGGAGGAAGUUGUGCAUGUGACCAGCUUCACCUUUUCUUAACUGAUGAAAUAAUGUGUCACUUGGACUGUGUAAAGACUGUGCAGUCUGGGGGAGGUGGGAUUGGGGAUGAAUUUGAUAUCAACUGUACAUACAGUAUGUCAAUCUGAAUGGGACGUCAAUGUCUUCACUGAAAAGAGAAAUACCUUUGUAAGCACUACUUGUCUUCAAAA